AUGUCAUCAAUUAUACUUAGAUUUAGAUCUAAAGAUGGAAUGUUCCGUAUUACAACGGAUUCAUCAUCAAAUUUCACUUUAGUUUUAGAACAAUUAAUUGAGAAAUUAUCACAAUCAGGUAAUAAUGGCAAUGGCAAUGGUAAUAAUAAUAAAAUUGAUUUACAAAGUUUAACCAUUGCUAAUAAACCUCAAGAUAAAGGUAAAUCAAGUUAUGAAUUUCAGAAUCAAACUGUGAAUGAAUUAGGAUUGAAAAAUGGUGAUAUGUUAUAUGUCAAUUAUGAAUCGGUCACCAAUGACAGUGGACCCACAACAACAGCAACAAAUACUACUACUAAUACUGCUAGUGGCAAUACUAUUCCUAUUACUGGCCCCGUUCCUUCAAUACCAAUCAACUCUGUGGUUACUCUGCAUGGUCCAUUAAAAGUUGAAGAAUUACCUAUAGAUCAAGAAUUAGAUAAAGAAGAUGGAUUAAUUACUCGUCCAUUAUCAUCAAUGUGUCGACAUGGACCUAAAGGAAUGUGUGAAUAUUGUUCACCAUUACCACCAUGGGAUGAAAAUUAUCGUAAAGAUCACGCUAUAAAACAUAUAUCAUUUCAUGCUUAUUUAAAACAACAAUUGGAAAAAUUGAAAUCAUCCGGUGGAUCAUAUUUCCCCCCUUUAGACCCCGUGGAUUAUUCUAUUGAUUUAACAUGUAAUCAAGGUCAUAAACCUUAUCCUAAUGGUAUAUGUUCUAAAUGUCAACCAUCUCCAAUAACUUUACAAUUACAAAAAUUCAGAAUGGUUGAUCAUUUAGAAUUUGCUGAUUCAUUUAUUUUAAAUGAUUUUAUUAAUGUUUGGAGAGUUAGUGGUGUACAAAGAUUUGGUUAUUUAUAUGGUAGAUAUGCUAAAUCUGAGAAAACACCUUUAGGUAUAAAAGCUAUUGUGGAAACUAUAAUUGAACCACCACAACAUGAUGAAUUAGAUGGAAUUACAUUAUUAGAUUGGGAUCAACAAGAAGAAAAAAUGGUGGAUCAAGUGGCUAAUAAAUUUGGACUUUAUAAAGUAGGGAUCAUUUUCACUGAUUUAACUGAUGCUGGUACUAAAAAUGGUAAAGUAUUAUGUAAAAGACAUAAAGAUAGUUAUUUUUUAACUAAUUUAGAAAUCAUUAUGGCAGCUAAAUUUCAAUUGAAAUAUCCUAAUAUAUCUAAAUAUAGUACAGCAAAGAAUAAUGGUCAAUUUUCAUCAAAAUUUGUUACUUGUGUCAUAUCGGGUGGAUUAAAUGGUGAAAUUGAACCAAGAUCUUAUCAAGUUUCAACUAGUGCUGAAGCAUUAGUUAAAGCCGAUAUAAUUACUGGUUGUACUCAACCUUCACAAAUUUAUGUUAAUGAAAGUAAUAAUCAUCGUUAUGUCCCCGAUAUUCAAUACCUGAAAAUUAAUAAAUAUGGAUUAGAAGUUAAAUCAAAUGCUAAACCUACAUUCCCUGGUGAAUUUUUAUUGGUUUCAUUAACUGAUCUGUUCCCAUUACAACCAACUCCUAUUUUCACUAAUUCUUAUGUCAUUGAAAAUCGAGAAUUUUUAGGUGAUGAAAAUCACGAUAUUCAAAGUUUGAAAACUUUACAUAAUUAUUUGAAAUCAAAUAAUGAUCAAAUUUUUAAUUUCCAUUUUAUUUUACAUUUAAUUAAAACUCAUAUUUUAAAUGAUCAAGAAAUAGAUUUAUUGAUUGAAUAUAUUAAGAGUAAAAAUUUGGAAGAUUAUUUGAAAUUAGUUGAAUCCAAUGGAUGGAUGACUUUAAUGACUAUAUUAGAACAGAGUGUAUAA